AUGCGGAAAGCAUUCAGAAAUGUUUCCCUAUACCUGAACCCACAAAUUCGUGAUUGGGUUCUCUUUCCAAUCACGCGCGUCAUAAUUCUGGUUGGAAUCCUGCGACACUACGUUGCCCUCCUCAAUUCUCCACCAAAGAAGCACUUCCACUGCAUCCCCACUCGUCACUUCCUGGUCGCUCAUCGCACAAUUAUUAGACGGGCCAUUUCUUGUUCCCAGAUACUUCGAGCGACAUCCACGUCCUCCCCUCUUCCACCGCACCCCUAUCGCACCAUUUCAUCACAUCUCUGCAUCGCAUUCACCGAAGGAACUUACCUGAAUGAAAAUCCUCCAAAGACAUUCGCUGAUCCAGGUGCUAUGGAUGGCAUGGUGGAAGGGCUGAAGAAGCAAAUGGUCAUGAUGGUGCCGCAGAUGCUCAUUAUGGGAUGGAUCAAUUUCUUCUUUCAGGGUUUCGUUUUGAUUAAACUCCCGUUCCCGCUAACGCUUGGCUUCAAAUCAAUGAUGCAGCGUGGCAUCAAGACUCUUGAUAUGGACGUUCAAAAUGCCGCAGACUCAACGCCAGAUAUGGCUGCUCAUUCGGUUCCGUGCUCCAUUGGACCAGGGGCUCCAGGUUACAAGAAACUUUUUGCUCACGAAAAGGAUAAUCUGCAGUUUGCAGAGGAGCAAUAUAAGUGGGUUUGCGAUGGCGUAGAAACCGGAGUGUUGGAGCAAUGGGGCAAGAUACGUGCUAUAAAGUGA